AUGGGUCUGUUUGACAAGAUCAAGAAGAACAAACAGCAGGGCAAGGGCGGGCAGCCCCCAGCCCAGCUGUACCGGCGCCUUAUCCGGGCCCCGACCACUGCCCGCGCUGCAUCCUCUCAGCCCCUUGGCCGCAACCUGGCCAAGGCGCUCCCCGUCAUCUCGGCCGGCCUCGUGUCCCUAGGCUACCGCGGCACCGUGGUCAAGCUCAUGCAGUGCUCAAAGCAGACGUACAAACUCGUCUCACCCGCACUGUACAAGUCGUUGGUGUUCAACGAGUACAACUGGGACCAGAUCCACAAGCACCUGUGGCUCGCCCGUCUGUGUAACCCCGAGUACAGGGCCGACUGGGAUUUCUCGGACGAGAACCUAUGGGGCCCAGGGGUCGACACGGAUGUCAAGGAGUCGCGUCGGCGCCUUUCGCUCCUCUCGCAUACUGAGGAUAUCGUGAUCGACGGCAUCGCGUUCGAAACUGAAUUUGACACCAAGCUGUUUGGCCAGCUCGCGUGGUGCCUCAAGUUCGAUGACCCGGACCCCAAACCACACAUCUAUACGGCGCUCAAGACGCUGCGCAUCACACCGCGCGGGUUCUGCUUCCUCGGAUGGAACUGCAUGCGCAACGUCGAGAAGACAGAGACCUGGCGGGUGCACCGCGCCUUCUCCAUCAUGCUGGCCACGAUGCCGAUCGAGAACGUACACUUCUGCGUCACAUGGCCCACACUGGCGGACAACGACGAGUGGAUCAAGGCCCAGCAGAAGAUGUUUGAGAACUGGGCCGGCGUCACGUCACGGCAGUACCCUGCGUUCCUGUACUCGCAGUGGCUGUGGACGCUGAACGUCAAGACGGACAACGAGAUCAACGACGCGUACAACUCGUUCAACCUGUGGCGGCGGUUCAGACUGGUGUCGCUGCACAACAUGCCCCACGGCCGCCUCGAGUGGCUCAUGCCGCGGGUGUUGGCCGAGCGCACGCGCGUGUGGGCCGACACUACGGUGCACCCCGGCGGCGUGCCGGUCAUGUACGAGGGCGACUUGUUCCCGAACAGCCCGGUGGCGAAGCCGUUCGAAGGCAGAAUCGAGUGCUCCAACUUCAACGAGACGCGGCCGCCGCGCGAGUGCCCCUGCGUGAUCGCGUACACGCACGCCAUGAUCCAGGAGAAGAUGCACGCCAUGAAGGGCGGCCAGCUCGUGUAUGUCAACAUUGACCUGCCGCACUGGUCGACCGUGGAGGCGUGCGAAGUGUGCGGCGUUGGCAAGGGCAAGGGCAACGACCCGUUCGAGGUCCCCAACGACGUCAAGGACCCGCCGUGUAACGCCGACCACUGGUGGGAGAAGCCGCCCAACCGCCUGCCGCCCGAUGCCAGGACGUACGACAAGGCGAGGUGGACAAAGUGGGCCGAUACGGGACUGUAGGGGGUGCGUAUGCACCGACAAUGGUGUGCGUGGCGAAACGCACAAGCACGAGGUUAUGCACAGCGGCAGUCGGGCAGGCAGCCGACUGGGAG